AAACACUCCGGUCAUAAGUCAUCAUUCCACAACGAUCCAGCAAUCCGGCUACAACACCACACUCAAAAUGUUCCGCUUCGUGUUCGCUACCGCCCUGCUUGUGGCCACCGUUGCCGCCGGACCGCUCGAUCGGGUGGCCUACUCGCACCAGCAAAACCCGGACGCUCACGCCCAGAUCGUAUCGUACGAGAAUGUGCUGAAGGACGACGGUCACUACAACUGGAGCUACGAGACGAGCAACGGCAUCGCUGCCCAUGAGGAAGGUCUGGGAGCUCACAACGCCAACGGUGCCUUCUCGUACACCGGACCGGACGGUGUCCAGUACCGCGUCGUGUACGUUGCCGACGAGAACGGAUUCCAGCCGCAGGGUGCUCAUCUGCCGACCCCGCCACCGACGCCCGAGCACGUGUUCAAGACCCUGGAGCAGAUCCGUGCCAACCCGCCCAAGGACCAGAAGGACUUCAGUCUGGAGGCGCUCGAUGCCACCAUCGCUCGGUUGCGACAGUACUAAGCGAUCACACGGAACUGGAACCACUCAUCAGGCAACAUCUCAUCUCAUCAGACAUGCAUCAAACAUCAUUGAUCACCAAUUUGCCAUUUCGCCAUGUUUUCACCACGCAGUAGUAUUAAGUAGAAGAAUUGAAUUUCGUUAUUGAAUUUGUUUGUUAUCCAAUCGGAAAUGAAAUAAACCCGGUGUCAAAUAUUA